CAUACAGUAAUUAAACAUAUACCUGAGCGCAACGAACAAGAACGUUAAAAUACGAUACUUGGAUUCGUCUGUCUGUACCACUGGUUCUUACAAUACCACUCUCACUUUUUUUCUCAUCUUCCUUCCAUUCGACUUCAUCCUCUUUUAAUGCAUCUCCAUUCUCAUCCAUCCUUCUCCCUUUCGCAUUUUACUUUUCAUUUUGAUACCGAAGCCCAAUUGCAGUUGUAAACAAACAUGUUCAUUUACUCGUUCCUCUAUGUAAAUAAGCGAAUUUUAUCCCAAGCACGUGUGUUUUGAUUCGGUUAAAAUGUGCGUUUUAUUUUCGCGAUUUUUAUAAUUCUUCAACAGUAUUUACGAAAUUUUGAAUAUGGUAUUUCUGAGGAGAGAAUUUUUCCUGUUACUUAUUUCGUACGUUUACUUGGUUCAGAGUUCGAAAAUAUUAAUGAUCACGUUAGCUGGGACUAAAAGCCAUAAAAUUCCAUUUUUAGAACUAGCAAAAGGAUUGGUGGAACGUAAACACAACGUAACCUUUAUCAACGCGUUCCCAACGGAGUCGCAGAAUUCUUUAAUAGAAGAGAUAAAUCCCACAAACUUAGUGUUGUACAUAAGAAAUUUUACCAACUGGGACUUGCUUGGACCGAAACUGAAAGGAGAAUUGCCAGUUCCUAUUAUUGACAUUUUUAAAUUCGGGUAUCAGGUUUGCGACGCUUUCCUAUCGGAUCGUGAAACGAAAACACUGAUGCAAAAACGUGACUUCGAUCUCUUAAUUUUAGACGGUGCCUAUCCAGAAUGCGGCGUUGGUCUAGCAUAUCAUUUCCAAGCUCCUUUCAUUUACAUCAACACUGUCGGAUUUUACACCGGAUCUUUGUCGUUGGCCGGAAAUCCAACACCUUACUCCAUCACGCCAUAUUUGGGUUUACCAUAUUCUGAUAAUAUGAACAUCGUACAACGUUUGACAAACACCAUGUAUCACGUAGGAUUAUCAAUAUUGCACAAUAUAAUGGUGCGUUUCUUCUUGCAUCAAGUUCUCAAGACGCAUAUCAGUCCAAAUAUUCCAAACGCUUACGAAAUAUCGAAAAACGUGAGCGUAAUUUUUCAAAAUGGGCAUUUCUCUUUGACAUAUCCUAGACCGUUUUUGCCAUCAGUUGUGGAAGUAGCUUGUUUACAUUGUCGAUCAGCAAAGCCAUUGCCUCAAGAGCUCGAAGAUUUUAUCAACGCUGGAAAUAACAGAGGAUUCAUUUACGUCAGUAUGGGAUCUUCGGUAAAAGCUUCGAAUAUGCCGGAAGAAUUACGAUUACUGUUCAUAAGUGUUUUCCGCAGUUUACCAUAUCAGAUAUUAUGGAAAUGGGAAUCUGUGGGAAUCGCUCCGACUUUCGAUUUACCUCGGAAUGUCUUGUUAAGUCAUUGGUUUCCACAACAAGAUUUAUUAGGACAUCCUAAAAUUCGAGCUUUCGUUACUCAUGGCGGACUACUGAGCUUAUUUGAAACAGUUUUUCAUGGAGUUCCAGUGGUAGCAAUGCCAGUAUUCUGUGAUCAUGAUUCGAACGUUGAGAAGUCCGUACAAGAUGGUUACGCGAUUCGAUUAGAAUUACGCGAACUUACGGCUAAUAAAUUAUUGAAAAGCGUCUCAAAUGUAAUUAACGAUCCGAAAUACAAAUCAAACGCCAUCAAAAGGUCAUUGUUGCUAAAAGAUCAACUGGAAUCGCCGCUAGAUCGCGCUGUCUUCUGGACAGAAUAUGUACUUCGGCAUAAUGGAGGACAGCAUUUGCAUUCUCCUUCCAAAGAAAUGACUUUCAUCUCGUAUUACCUUAUCGAUGUGAUUACUUUAGCAAUAAUUUUAAUUUAUUCAAUUUUAUACCUAACUUUUUUUAUACUCAGAUUAAGUAAUAGGAUAUUUUCUUGCAAUUACAAAAUCAAAAUUAAAGUCAAUUAAAAAAUCA